CACAGCAAGAUUCUUCGCGACAGCAUCCAGGGCAUCACCAAGCCCGCCAUACGUCGUCUUGCUCGCCGUGGCGGUGUCAAGCGUAUUUCGGCAGACAUCUACGGAGAAGUUCGCCUGACUCUCAUGGAGUUUCUCAAGAAGGUACAGUACCAGCAGCGCAAGACAGUGACAACCUUGGACGUGGUCUACGCGCUGAACAGAAUUGGCAAGCCCAUCUACGUAAGUGCUUUGCGAUAG